AUGUGUUCUCUAAAUGCAGAUACGUUCCAGCGAUCAUCGACCUUGAAGUGCAGAAGAUACAUAGAUCUCCCCCCCCUCGACCAUUCCCUACCCCAAAUUUACCGCUUUCAUCCCCCAGCCACAGCCGCAGGCCCGACGGCUACGACUACCACCACACCCCGAACCCAUCCCUCCAGAUGCGAAACCUGCAAUAACCUUCCAAAUCCUGUUCUUUCUACCUGUUUGUUUCCGCCUUUACCGAUUUUAAUGACGAGCGUUUCUCAUUUUUCCACCACCUUCCUGCAUUUGGGACGGAGCAACUGCUCGUACUGCAAGGUUAUCUCUUCAUCCAUCUUCUCUUCUUCUCCUUGUUCUUCACACUUGACGAAGUAA